CAAGCUUUAUGAAAUUAUAAAUGUUCAAUCCAAUUGGAUAAUUAUAGAAUUUGAAAACGGAUCAUUGUGUGAAUUGCGGCAAUUCAAUUGCCUAUUGUGCGCCAUACUACGUUAUCUGUUUGCUAUAGGCUACAGGGAUAUUCAUUCCUACCUUUACUGACAACGAGUGACAUAACCUAACCUAUGCACCUACGCACAGUCAUGUAUUAAUAUCUCCACUGCUUUGUAAAUAAAUGAAUACAGUAAGCAGGUUGUUACGGAAAAUUCACAGAACGGGUCUUGAGAUCUCUUGUAAAUUCUUCCGUCGUGAAGCUAAGAAUUAUAACUAUGAUACUAUUUCAAUUUCAACUCCUUAUAUGUCAGGAGUAGCAGUGAAGCCAGUACUUCUAAGAAAAUUUUGUAAAAAAGUGUCAAUAUCUCAUAUAUUUAUAUCAACUUAUUCGUGUUUGAUGAAAACCAUGGAAAAUUCCACAGCACAACAAAAAUUUAAUCAAGCAGCAAUGGAUCCAUAUUUGGAAACAUAUUAUAAUUCCAACAAUAGUUGUGAAAUGUCAUGUGAAAGUGAUUCUCAACCAGUUGCUCUUGAGACAAACACAUGUGUUGAUACAUCAGUAUGUUUGAAAGAUAAGUAUCUGGCUGAUAGACAAUGGUAUAAAGCAAUGAGACAAUGGAAACGUAUAAAGAAAGAGAAGAUGACCUCUAAUUCUGAAGAUUAUUUUAUUCUAAGACUACUUUCUUUCAACAUUCUGGCCCAGUCCCUAUUAGAAACUUAUUCAUUUUUGUAUAAACAUCAUGACAAACGAGCACUAUCUUGGAAGACAAGGAGACAAUUUCUCUUACAUGAGAUUUUAGAAACACAAGCUAAUGUAAUAUGUCUUCAAGAAAUGCAAGAAGAACACUUGCAGGAGUUUCUGGUCCCAUUCAGAGAGUUGGGUUAUAAUUAUUUAUAUAAAAAAAAAACAAACGAUAAAAAAGAUGGUCUGCUCUUUCUUUAUCGCUCUGAUCAAUUUGUCCUUCUUGAAUAUGCAAAGGUUGAGUUUUAUCAAUCAGGAAUAGAACUCCUUAGUAGAGACAAUGUUGGAAUCAUUGCAAAAUUAGCAGUGAAGGAAAGUCCUGCAACACAGUUAGUGAUUGCCACAACUCAUUUACUUUACAACCCUAAACGAAAUGAUGUAAGACUGGGACAAAUGCAACUUUUUUUAGCAGAAAUUGAAAGAAUUGCGUUUUUGGAGAAUACAUUGACGGGCGCCAAAUAUCUACCAAUUAUACUGGCAGGGGAUUUUAAUUUAGAACCAUAUUCCGGAGUUUACAAAUUCAUUACAGAAGGAAUAUUUGAGUAUCAAGGAAAAGGAAGAAAUCUGGAGGAGACAGAGUUUCGGUCUCUUUCAAAUUCAUUAAUUCCGCCUCGGCUCUUCGUUACAGACAAUUGUCAACAUUUAAAUGUUUUGAAAAAAAGAUUAUGUGGAGAAGGAUCUGCUAGAGUAAUGCUAGAAAAUAGCGAAUAUCCCAUCUCAGAGGAAAAUACGUCAGACAAUGAUUCCUCGAUAUAUAGUGAUGUGAAUCCAGAUAUGACUGAUCUUCAAAUAAUAGAAAUUGUACGUGGCUAUUGUGCAAAGUUCUGUUCUGGCACUCUCACACAUCCGUUCCAUUUUCAUAGUGUGUAUAAACACCAAACACACGAAGGAGAACAAGAAGCUACGACUAAUCAAGGAACAUGGAUUACAGUUGAUUACAUUUUUUAUAGCAACUUGGAACCUCUUGAAAAAUAUAGAUUACCAACAGCAGAAGAGUGCAUCGCUUUGCCUACAAUACCCAAUUUUGCGUUCGGAAGCGAUCAUUUUUGUUUAGGUGCUACAUUUAAAAUAAAAAAAGCAAAACUGUAGAAGAGUUAAUGUAACAGUUUAUAA